AUGUUCGCUGCCCGACAAUUGUCUCUAGUGCGUCCCGUCGCCGGCCGCCGCCUUUUCCAUGCAACGGCCCCUGCUUUUGUCAAGGUGGGAGACAAGCUUCCCAAUGUCGAGUUGAUGGAAAAUUCGCCUGGCAACAAGGUCAACCUCGCCGACGAGCUGAAAACCGGUAAAGGUCUCGUCAUUGGAGUUCCAGCCGCGUACUCGCCUGCCUGCUCAGAGACCCAUAUUCCCGGGUACAUCAACUCUGCUAAACUCAAAGAUGCUGGCAAGGUCUUUGUUGUUUCUGUCAACGACAGCUUUGUCAUGAAGGCAUGGGGAAAGACGCUGGACCCAACGGGUUCGAGCGGUAUUCGAUUUCUCGCAGACCCCAGCCUGGCCUUUACCAAGGGUCUUGACCUUUCCUUUGAUGCUGCAUCCAUCUUUGGCGGUGACCGCUCCAAGCGUUAUGCCCUUGUCAUCGAAAACGGUGCUGUCAAGGAGGCGCACGUUGAGCCUGAUAACACUGGUUUGAACGUCUCCGCUGUAGACAAGGUCUUGUGA